AUGCUCCUCCCAGUGCAAGCCGGAGAUUCUCAGAGUUCAAAUAAUUCUGGUGUGUUGCACCAGCAUUUGACGCGUAGUAAUCCACAACGUUCUUCAGUUCUAACCAGUUUCGACCUGCCGCGCCAACAAGUGAGAGAGUUCGCCGCCCCAUCGCCGCCACCUCGCGACCCGUACCGCGAUAUCCCAGUCAAGAUCCACGUUCGCAGACCAGAGAGGGACCAGUGGACGUACAUGGGCCGCGGUAUUGUUACACAAGAAGGCGUAGGUGAGCCUGGUCAGAUGCCCAUCAGGUCGGCAAGUUCCCGCAAGAUUCUCAUAACCUGGGGAGCGGAGUCUGCAGUUCAACCUGAGAGGCGCGGAAACUUCGUCGUGAUAGGAUGUGUGGAAGGGAGCCGCGUAGUAUCAUGGUCGCUGAACACGCAGAACAGCUCCGAGACACUUCGCCUGCUCGCGAGCAUCGAACUCGCGUGCAGUCCUCGUAAGCAUUCCCCUACCGAAUCGCAGAGCGCCUUCCGUCGGCGCGUUCAUCGGGUGAUCAAGGAUGACCGAAAGCGAAGGCACAAACGUCGCAAGGACCAGGAUGCCAUGGUCGCUGCAUUCGCCCGCACAGCGCUGGAGUCGGCACCGCCUGAGCAGCCAAUGAGCUCAGCUCAUGUGGUGACGCUGCAGUAG